CAGUGGCACGAUCAUUUGUAAUUUUUGGUUACUACGUUUUGACACAUCGUGCGUGAAGUGUUGACUCGGUGAGAUAAUAUUUAAUGAAAUAUAGGAAAGCCCAACGAGUAGAGGAUAAAACUACUCCGAAUGGCCGAACCUGGUAGCUGGGUUCCACCCGGCCAGGAAAAUGAUUUUACCAAUAUCCCAACUAGUGACAGCUUUAAUUUGAACGAAAUGACUGGAUUCGAUGAUCUUUUAUCGAAUUGUGAAACGGAACUUUUGAAGACAGAAAAUCUCUUCAGUGACGAGACUCUUAUAGCUGAAUUGGAAGAGUCCAUGACAGGACAACUUGAUGACUCGUCUCCGUUUGAUUUCAUGGAUACAAAUGAAUUUUUAAAUGCAUCAGAUAACAGUGAUUUUAAGGAUUCUAGUAUUCUUGAUCCAUUGAAAUCUAAUGUACAGUCUGUACAGCAAGUUCCAUGUGUUAAUCAAGAGGCUGUGACUCCUCAAGUUAAAUCACAAAGGAUUUCUGUGGCUCCUACCCCAACAGUCUUUAGUUCCCAAUAUACCAUUCCUCAAGGAAUGAAUUUCAAUGUUCAACAACCAGUUGUGACUUUAGCUCCAGUUGCAACACAGCAACGACAGCUUCUCUUACCUGCUAAACUCAUAAAGUCGGAGUCUGUUGUUUACUCAAGGGGAUCACAGGCUGUCACAUCUUCUCCUGUUCCACAUCAGAUUCAUACUUUGGUUAAUACAGCCAAUGGCACCGUUCUUGCUACUGGAAUACCAGUGGUUUUGGAUACUGACAAGGUGCAAAUAAAUCGUUUAAACACUGGGAGUCAUAUAGGCGUACCUAGAGUUCGUGAAGUGAAGCGUAGUGCUCAUAAUGCAAUAGAAAGAAGAUACCGUACUUCUAUCAAUGACAAAAUCAUUGAGUUGAAGAAUAUUAUUGUUGGAGUAGAUGCAAAGCUCAAUAAGUCAGCUAUCUUGCGGAAAACUAUUGAUUACAUAAGAUUCUUGCAAAAUUCCAAUGCCAAAUUAAAAGCAGAAAACAUGUCACUUAAAAUGGCUGCGCAUAGGCAGACAAUGAGAAUGGAUGCUUUGACACCACCACGUUCCGAUACCAGUGAACCAUCUUUGUCACCGGUUCCUGAUCCUCUGUCUCCUCCAUCCCCAUCAUCAAUUAAAGAUGAGUCUGAAAGCUUGCACUCACUUCACCACUCAGUAUCCUCAACCCGAGGUUUAAGAGAUCACACGAGGAUGACACUCUGCGCUUUCCUCUUCGUAUUUCUCGCAUUCAACCCAUUCUCUAUCCUGGUGAACAAUGUAGGACGUUUCAAAGAUUAUUCCAGCGCCCGCGUCGACGGUAGAACGAUUCUUAAUUACAAUGAUCAGUCGGAGACGGAAAUUGGUAUUUGGGGUAGUGUUCUCCUAGGAUUGAUCAAUAUAAUCCUCCUGUUUUGUGGUCUGUGUCGACUUUUACUCUACGGUGAUCCAGUUCUACCAUCAGAUAGCAAAGUCUUCCUGGAUGUACGCCGAUGGCGUCGCCAGGCAGAGUUCAAUAUGUCCAGAAACGAUCAUGAACAAGCUUGCUCUGACUUGCGUCAGUGUUUGGCAUUUUUCGGUAAAACUGUACCAUCCUCAAGACACGAAGCAUUUUUGCCAACUACUUGGCAGAUAGUACGACAAGUGUUGCACACUCUGCGCCUUGAUAAAUUCGUCAACCAUUUUGGCAAAUAUUUUGCUGACAAAUCGGAGCGAGAGCAAACUCAGUUAUCUGCCUUAGAGUUGUCGAUAGUUUAUCAACAUUUGCUGUGUCUAAGACUCUCUAACGGUUCAACAGAAUCUGUCUUAUUCUUGGCUCUGUCUGCUGUGAACUACGCUGAAGCAGCUGGAAAUACUGCACCGAAGACGUACCUGGCUGAAGUGUAUGCGAAUGCUGCCUUGUGCUUGAAACUGUUACCUUUUCCUUUCGUGUACAAGCACUAUUUAGCCAAAUUCAGAAAUGUACUCACUACCUGUGCUGUACCUGAAAAACUAAGAUGGCUCACUAGUCCUGAAGGAUUCAGAUUCCUAAACUCUCAGAAAUGGCAGUAUGAUUCUCGAUGUCAGGAUGAAUUUUCGUCUCAAGCUAGUAAUACUCAACCGCUGUCGUUUGCUGCAAGAGCUUACAGGCAGCAUCUCCUGGGACAAUGCUUGAAACUCAUUACUGGAACAGCUGAAGAUUCGCACGCUUCAGCCGUUCUGGAAAUGGCUAGAGCAGUCGUGGCUUCGGCACAGGUAGAAUCCAGCUCUUCCUUAGUCGACAAACUUUCUAUCAACAAAUGCGAAGAUGAAAUUGGCUUAUGGUGGGGUGCUGUGAUGUGUGUCGCAGCCAGUUGGAGAUUAGGAGAAGACGACACAGCUGCCUGGAGUAUAGUCGUUGGUAGAUUUCCCUAUGAAAAGAGUCCGCAAUCUGGUAAAGGUAGUCCGCUACCUCAUGCAGUUCUCAAUGUGCUUCAGGCUGCUAAAAGAGCUGGUGGGCGAGCGCCAAUGAGAUUGAUAGAUCAAGCCGGAACUUUCUUGGAACAAUCAAUGUUUUACUAUCAUUGCAAACAGCAAUCAUCUCAAAACAUAGUGUUAACUCAAUUAUGGAUUUGUGACUGGCUUCUGGAGCUAAGAACAUCUUUAUGGGAGGAGCUGGAAACUGAAAAUGUUAAAACUUAUGGACAUUCGGCUCUAGCUGGUUUUCAGCGUGAUCUCGCAUGUCUGCGUCAAUUAUGUCAACAGAUUCCAUCUGUACUCACAAGAGUUUUCCUCUACGAAGCCACAGCGAGAAUAAUGGCUGGAGCUGCACCAGUGCGCACACAGUUUUUGCUGGACCGUAGUCUUCGGCACAGAAAUUCUAAAUCUUCUAUUAUUUGUGGGAAAGAUCGUUCCCAAGAACAAGGUACUGGCGAACGUGAGCAUGCUGCGGCUCUUUGUCUGGCCUGUCGACACCUACCCACAGUUCUCUUGGCUUCACCCGGUGAACGAGCAGGAAUGUUGGUUGAGGCCGCAAAGACGUUGGAACGAAUUGGCGAUCGCAAAAGGCUGCAAGAAUGCUACGAGCUCAUAAGGCAAUUAGGACCUGCAAUUUCUGUUAACUAAGGUCAAGAGCAACGUUCAAAGAUUUAGUGCGUACCUGAUCAAUUCGACAGAAAACUUAUAGUUAAUUGAAGGUCUGCCAAAUUUUUAUGAGAAGAAAGGGAUUAUUAUUAUUAUUAUAUUUAUCCGGUCCAGCUUGUGUAUUUCUUAAUAUUAUUUAUUCACCGCUGGACGUUAAUACGGGUCACCGCUUUCGAUUUUAGCUUUACUCCCUUGAAACUUCCUCGAAUUUGACAUAUAUUGUAUCUACGUUUAGCUUUUAAAGUAAAUAUAUAUUCAUUUAUAUAUAGUAA